UUGAACUCCGGUGAGCUUUCCCUCUAUUUUGUGACGAACUCUGUGUUCCAGACGGAUAUAGACAGGAAUUGUUGUCUGGCUGAUACGGAAGAUGCAUCAUUCAUUCUCACUGUUGAUUCUUUCAGUGAUGCUGCUGAAAGUCUAUGCAGGAAAAGUGCUUGUUUUUCCUGUGGAGGGAAGUCACUGGAUUAAUAUGAAAGUCCUCAUUGAAGAAUUACAUUCCAGGGGCCAUAGCAUAGCAGUAGUGCGAGCUUCAAACAGUUGGACCAUUGAAGAGGAGUCUCCAUAUUACAGAAGCAUUACUGUGAAUUUGGGCAGAUUUGAUGCGGAUUCGGUCAGCUCCUUUUCAGCCCGUCUACUCCAGCUCCGUAGAGAAAAAAACAACUUUUGGACUUAUCUCUUGUUGCAGAUGGAGGUUGUUGAACAAUUGUCAAAGAUGCACCAGGAUAUUUGCAACAUGAUGACCUUGAUGUUUCAGGACAAAAUAUUAAUGAAUUCAUUGCUGGAUGCCAAAUAUGACUUGAUACUUACAGACCCUGCAUUUGGUGGUGGAGUGUUUCUAGCACGUCGCCUUGGUCUCCCACUGGUGUUAAAUGUGCGCUGGACUGACCGUGCAGAGGCCCACUUUGCCAUUGCCCCCAGCCCUCUCUCUUACGUACCUGUCCCAGGAACAGAACUGACAGACAAGAUGACAUUUCUUCAGAGACUACUGAAUAUCAUGUUUUACUUUUUUCUUCUCUGCCAUGGUUUGACGAUCCCUGGCCCCCACUACACAGCCUUCUGUCAUCGAUACUUUGGCCCUGAUGUAGACUACUUUUCACUUUUCCAGGAUGCUGACAUCUGGCUCAUGAGAAAUGAUUUUACCUUUGAAUUCCCACGCCCAACGAUGCCCAAUGUGGUCUACAUGGGUGGCUUCCAAUGUAAGCCCUCUAAACCUCUUCCUGCAGACCUGGAAGGAUUUGUCCAGAGCUCAGGAGAGCAUGGUGUUAUCAUCAUGUCUUUAGGCACUCUGUUCAGUGAGCUGCCUUAUGACAUUGCUGAUGAAAUAGCUGCAGCUUUUGCCCAACUGCCCCAGAAAGUCAUUUGGAGAUAUACUGGGCCCCGGCCUGCUACUCUUGGUAACAACACUUUACUGGUGGACUGGUUGCCCCAGAAUGACUUGUUGGGACACCCAAAGACCAGAGUGUUUGUAGCACAUGGAGGCACUAAUGGAGUCCAGGAGGCCAUAUACCAUGGUGUGCCAAUGGUGGGUCUGCCCUUAGUCUUUGAUCAGCCUGAUAACCUCUCCAGAAUGAAUGCAAAGGGAACUGCUAAGAUUGUGAAUAUAGCAACUCUGGACAGGACUGUGUUUCUGGAGGCCUUGAAGGAGGUCCUGUAUGAGCCAUCUUACAGAGAGAACAUGCAGAGGCUGUCAAGACUGCAUAGAGACCAACCAAUGAAACCUCUUGACCAUGCUAUGUUCUGGAUAGAGUAUGUCAUGAGGAACAGAGGGGCCCCUCACCUGCGCACACAAUCGUUCAGAAUGUCCUGGAUGGCUUACCAUUCUGUAGAUGUUAUACUGACUCUUCUGGCGAUUGUGUUGAUAAUUUCACUGAUGACUUUUUCUUUGAUUAGAUUGUUGUGCAAAAGGAUUCUACUGAAAAACAAAAUCAAACAUGGAUAGCUAGAUAAGUUCAAAUGAGUUCCCAAUUCUACUAGUAUUGGAGUUUAGGAGUUUUGGGGAUUUUUUGAUUUUCUCACUGUGUGAAAAAUGGUUAAUCAGGGAGGGAAUUGUUUCACGAGAAGUCUUUUAGUUCAUAUUCAUUCUUUCAUCAGAGCUUGGUUCAUCAAUGAGGUUGACUGGUUUGGAUCUGAUCCCAUGAGGAUUUAAUAAGAAUGCAUUGUAUUCAUAGCUGCGUACUCUCAUUUAGCUUUGAGGUAGUCUGAACAAAAUUGUAAAACAUGAAAUCAUUUGGUUCACGGAUUCUAAGGACAAGUGAUGACAGCCUGUUACACAUUUUUGUUAGAUUAAGAUAAAAACAAUGCAUUUUAUGAAACUAUGAAAUUAUUUUAAAGACACCUUUUAGGAUCAGGUCCUGCAAGAUGAUCUACCUGAAACUGAUCAGUCUGUUUCCUGAUGAAGUACAAUAGGGGUAAUGCUCAGUUAAUUGCUCAGUCAGUCUGAGAGAAUACAGUGUACUGGCUUGAAAUGGAAUCUAUUUUGAGAGAUAAUUUGAUAUUUUUCAAUUCUCUG